UCUAACCUAUAAUAUAAUAUAAUGGCAACUUGCUAAACCUCAAAACGCAUAAACCCUCGCACCAGAAUCCUAUUGCUUUGCCGGCGACAGAGAAAAUGAGAGGAAAUGCAGUUUCAAUUGUGCUGCAAAGAUUUCUUCUUCAUCGCCAAGUUUCCUUUCUGGGUUCUUCACAAUCUCAGCUGAAAAAAACCCUAAUUUCAGCUUCAAAAUCAUUCUCAUCACCCACCUCUGUAAGUCCCAAAAUACCCAUUUCCAAUAAUCAUAUUUCUGCCUUCUCCACCCAAAAGAUUCCAUGUUUUCAGCUCCAGAGAACCCUCUGCUCAUCCCCAGAUGGUGCCUCUAAAAUUGUUCUCAUCAAGUCAGGAGAAGAGUUUGACAGCUCACUUAGCAAAGUUAAAGAUGAUUCUAUGCCGGCAAUAUUUUAUUUCACUGCUGUAUGGUGUGGGCCCUGCAGGUUUCUAUCUCCUGUCAUGGAAGAAUUGAGUGCAAAAUACCCUCAUGUAAAGACAUAUAAGAUUGACAUUGAUCAGGAAGGCCUUGGAAGCACAUUGGGCAAGCUAAAUAUUACUGCUGUGCCAACACUUCUUUUCUUUAAUAAUGGGAAAAAGGCAGCUGAAAUAAUCGGUGCGGAUGUUGCACGCCUGAAGGACACUAUGGAAAAACUUUACAAGAAGAACUGAAUGAAGAGAGAAAAUCCAGGGAACGAUUCUGGAAAAAGAUUUUUAUAUUUGAUGAGAUUGUAAUAUUCUCAAGACAGAAGGAUCUAAGAACGAUGGUACGAUACUGCUUUUGUUUAGGCUGGCUCUCUUUUUUGGCCUUUCAAGGCAUUAUAUACCAGACUUGUUCUUAAUCA